GUGACAAUCAAAGAAAGGGAGAGUGCAGACCAAAUCGUACGACAAAGCCGAUAUUACCAGCAAUUAAUAAUAUAUACAUCUAUAAUAGCUCACCAAAUAUUACCAAAGACCUAACAGGCUAUAAAAAUUACACACCCUCAGUGCUGAGUGGGAAACAAGGCGUCGGUACGAAUGAGAGAAAACUCAGUACAACAGAGACUCCAAACACUUCUAUCAAACAGAUAUUUAUGAACGAAUAUCAAUAUGCGAAAGAAAAAUCGUUUUUAACUUUAACAUCAGUUUCUUCAAGUUAUAGAAUUAAUGCAUGGAAAGAGGAUUUGUCAAGAAAAACCCACUUUUUAUCUGAUUCACAUGGAAUACAACGCAAUUUUACAAAUACGAAUGGUAAAACAACUAGGAAAUUAAAGGAAAUAAUCGAUCAAGAAUGCAAAGUAGAAGAAUAUCUGGAUGCUAUACCAAUAACAAAUUACAUUUCCCAUCAUAGAAGGAAUUAUACAUGUGAUACUACGGAAAAAGGUCAUAUUACAAAAGAAACACACUCUACGGAAAUAGAUGAUAGAAAAAAGGAGAUCGAGAAAUCUCUAACCGAUGGAUCUAAAGAUUCCAGAGAAACUGGAAGGAAUAACCUGAAUGUACCAAAGGAAAAGUACAAGAUCACAAAAGGAAGGCCAACACACAGAUACUGUGCAAAAACCCACGACAUUAUCGAUAAAGAGUUAGAAAUCUGGCACAACUCACAUAAUUCUACCCUAAAAUGGGAGCGCAUAAAAUCUGGACUAUAUUUGGUAGGUGGAUCAAAGGUGAAUUUAAUUAAAACCAAUGGAAUACUAUACGUAAAGAGUGGUGAACAUAGGAAAAACUUCGAUAAAAUGCAUAUUGCAAAAUUCGUAGAAGAAAAACAAUUUUGUCAAUCAAAAAAGCGCAUAUAGCCCUAGAACCAUGAACAUGUAAAAGAUUUUAUCUCUAU